AUGCUGAAGUUGUUGCUGGUUCUGGCCCUCGUUUGCAGACCUGCAAUUGCUGCUAAAUGCAAGGCAGCUCCAAAAUCUGUGCAGAACAUUCAACAGUGUUGUCACGCCCCCAUGCCCAAUUGGGGAGCCUAUAAUAGUGAAUGCAGCUCGUCGGGCCCACAACCGAGUUGUCGCUUGCAAUGCAUUUUCAAUGCUGCUAAGGUACUGGACGGUAAUCGGCUGAACAUGACCCAUGUGCGACCCAUGCUAGAGCGUGCAUUCAAUGAGGCUUCAACCAUCGAUGCUUACAUGUCGAAUUUCGCAUCCUGCGCCAAUCUGGUGAAGAAUAACUUCAAGGAAAUGACGGGGGUGAGCAAGCAGAGUGACGCCUGCGACAGGCACGCCCUUUUCUAUAGCCUGUGCGCCUACUCCCGCCUUCUCCGCCACUGCCCGUCGAGCGCCUGGAACGGUAGCCUCAAGCAAUGCCCUUCGGCACGCUCCUAUGUGCGUAAUUGCCCAUGGCCGGCACUUAAAAUGUUUAUGAAAAGCACUUAG